AUGGAUGAUGGGAGAAAGAUGUUAUGGAAAGAGCUACAGGACAUAAAUACCCAGGAGGCAUGGGUUGUCAUGGGAGAUUUCAAUGAGAUAUUGAAUAAAGAAGAAAGGCUUGGUAAACGAGUGAAGUAUAGCACAGCCACAAAUUUUAUUGACUGUAUUGGGGAAUGCCAAUUAGAAGAUGUAAAGUGUAGUGGGUGUUUUUAUACUUGGAGCAAUAAACAACAAGGAGAUGAUAGAAUUUGCUCCAAAAUAGAUAGGGUGCUUGCAAAUCAGACAUGGCUGAAUUGUUUUAACAAUGCUGAAGCAGUGUUUCUGCCUGAAGGGAUUUUUGACCAUACCCCUGUGAUUUUGGCUGUGUAUCCUGAGAUUCUAAGUGGCAAAAAGCCAUUUAAAUACUUUAGAAUGUGGUCUUCUCAUCCAAAGUAUUCAGAGUCAGUGGAGGCGGUUUGGAAGCGAGCAAUUCCUGGGACAAAAAUGUAUCAAGUAGUGACUAAACUCAAAGCUCUCAAGGAAGUCUUAAAAGAGCUAAACAAACAGGGGUACAGUGAUAUCCAUAAAGCUGAUGCUCUGGCCAAGGAGUGA